UCCUCCUCUCCUCGGCUCACCCGCAUUCGCACGAGCACCUCGCCCGCGUUCGCGCCGCGCCGGCGAGAGCGAGAAGCCUCCUCCUCUCCUCGGCUCAUACAUGCCGCGCCCGGUCCUUCUUCCGUUUGCUCCGGCCGCGGCGGCCCCGGCGCCGCGGCCACGCGCUCUCCGACGCCGGUGCGUCGAGGCGCGGGGUGAUGCCCGGGGACGCGGUCGCGGGCGCGGGCUCGGGCGCGGCCUAGCGAUGCGCGCCAGCGCGGCGGGGGAGGCCGGGCCGGCGCCAUCCAGGACCCAGAUGAUAAUGGAUAAGAUUUCUAGCGGUGAAGAGGUUGGUGGCGCUGGGGGUGCUCACUCAUACAGCGCCUUGAAAAGAUUGGAUCAAAUAUGGUCUAGUAUAUGUGAAGCUCAAGCAGAUUCCAAAGUCCCUGAAGUCGUUACUCGAGUCCAAGGUCCCUUGGUUGAUUAUGAUUUUGGUGAUGGCUCAGAGAUCUUUGAUGUAUUAGUGUGUGGUGGCACAUUAGGUAUAUUUGUAGCUACUGCCCUCAGUUAUAAAGGCCUUCGGGUUGGAAUUAUUGAAAGAAACAUAAUCAAAGGGAGAGAACAAGAGUGGAACAUCUCAAGAAAAGAGCUUAUGGAAAUUGUAGAAGUUGGCAUCCUUUCAGAAGAGGAGAUUGAACAGAUAAUUUUAAGUGAAUUCAAUCCUAAUAGAUGCGGAUUUGAGAGUAAAGGUGAAAUUUGGCUGGAGAACAUUCUUAAUCUUGGAAUUUCGCCUGCUAAAGUUGUUGAGAUCAUGAAAGAUCGCUUCGUUUCUUCAGGAGGAGCAAUAUUUGAGGGGAAAAGUUUGUCUAGCAUCUAUGUUCAUGAUGACCUUGCUGUACUAAACUUGAGUGAUGGGGGUUGUUUGCCUUGUCGACUUGUCAUUGAUGCUAUGGGUAAUUUUUCCCCAAUUGUGCGACAGAUCCGGUCAGGUAGAAAACCAGAUGGAGUCUGCCUUGUUGUUGGGGCUUGUGCUCGUGGAUUUGACAGAAAUACAACAGGCGAUAUUAUUUUCAGUAGCUCAUCCAUAAAGAAAUCUGGAAAGUCAGGAGUACAACUCUUUUGGGAGGCCUUUCCUGCCGGUUCUGGUCCAACUGAUCGCACUACAUACAUGUUCACUUAUGUUGAUCCACAAUUUGGGGGCCCAAAGCUAGAAGAACUUUUGGAGACUUUCUGGAAUCUGAUGCCUGUUUACCAGGAUGUUGUUCUUGAAAACUUGGAUAUAAGGAGAGUCAUAUUUGGAAUUUUCCCAACUUAUCGGGAUAGCCCCUUGCCAGCUGCAUUUGAUCGUGUCUUGCAGGUUGGUGACGCUAGUGGAAUCCAGUCACCUGUUUCUUUUGGGGGUUUUGGAAGCCUGACAAGGCAUCUUGGUCGUUUGUCAACUGGUAUAUAUGAAGCAGUUUCAGGAGAUCUCCUGGAUGCACGUAGUUUGCAGCAGUUGAACCCUUAUAUGCCAAAUUUAAGUGCAUCAUGGUUGUUCCAAAGAGCAAUGUCAGCAAGGCCACAGAUCAAUGUUGCACCAACUUUUAUUAACGAUCUUCUCUUUGCUAAUUUUCAGUCGAUGCAGAAACUUGGGGAUUCAGUACUUAGGCCAUUUCUCCAGGAUGUAAUACAGUUUGAUCCUCUGGUCAAAACUCUAGGUCUAGUAAUGAUCACUCGACCGCAAAUUUUGCCUUCCAUUUUUAAUCAGGCUGGACUUGGGGCCAUCCUUGACUGGUCAGGCCAUUUUUUGAUGCUUGGUUACUAUACAUUCCUUUCUACCUUUAUAGAUCCAGUCCUCAGGCCUUGGGUUGAAUCAUUGCCACUGAAGAACAAAUAUCAAUGGAAACGAUAUCUCGAAGCAUGGAAAUAUGGAGCUGGCCUAGAUUAUCGCCAAGAAGAAUAAACAGCUUCUUCUGGAAUAAUUUUGGAUUUGUUUUGAAAAAGAAUUGCAUACAUAUAAAGGAUUAAAGGAACAUACAUAGCUUUCUGUUAUGUCAAGAAUAACUGUAUAGUGUAGAUAAAAAAAAAAUUUCUUUCUUUUUUCAGACCAAGACAGGCGUUUCACUUCCAAGCACAAAAACUGAAGUGAACAUGUACUGUCUACAUUUUCAACAGUUCAAAAGUGAGCAUUAUUAGGGAUGGCAAUUUGGGUACGUGUACUUGGUACCUGUCGGGUACCUGACCCGAUGGGGACGGGUGCAGGUACGAUUUUUUGCCCCUGGGUAGUACCCGUACCUGAGCCGGGUAUGGGUAUGGGUAUUUUCCCCACCCACGGGUAAACCGUCGGGUAUCCGAACAUAGCCUACAUAUUGAAUUUUUAUCUAAAAACAUAUUAUAUUAUUCAUGUACAUAUUUGUAAUGUAUCCCUUUUUAGCUAAAAUCUUUGAUAAGGCUUAUGUGUUGAACUUUUAAGAUGUGAUACAACAUUGAAUGGUUGAAUCAGAACAUCAGAUAAUGUGUUG